AUGUCUACUUCUGUGCCUUCGGGCUUUGGGCAUCUGUUGCACCCACAGCCACCACCGCCACCACCACCAAAAACAGACUCAAGCGCACCGUUUCGUUCGCGACUCCGCUUGUUUGUGCGCCAACACCCCAUUGCUGCUCGUGCCUGCGGAUUCGGAGAUAAAUGUCGAAGGCCUAUUGAUCCUCUGCCGGUCAUCCAACUUCUAAUGACCGAUUUCUCCCCCCAGUGCGAGGAAGAUAUGAGGCAGCUCACAAACAAGCAGCAUGUUGUCACCUGCCAACUACAUCCGGUCAGUGAAGCAUGCGGAGGGUAUCCCGAGCACAGAAUUCGGUCUCGAGGCAAUGCUGGACGCCCUUUCGAAAAAAGAGGGAUUGGAGCCGUUAACGGAGAAACUGGCAGCAACCUGACAAAUAGGUAUCGUGGCAGAAUUUUGUCUGGAAGCACAUGUGCGAGUCUAUUCUCGGUCGACCAAGACCCCGAUCCAGCUCAUGCACCUCCCCACCCACGCUCAGCGGCGAGCCGAGAGAAAGGUCCAAGUACCACUCUUAUGCGGCCUCCGGGAUUUUCAUCGCCUUCAGAUGCUCCACGAUAUAUUCCUGCAGCUUUUUUCAUUUUCGCCGACCUCUGCGUCCGCUCAGCUGGUUGGUAUCAGCUGCGGUUUCAGCUAGUGGAUGUCCAAGAAACCGAGAAAUUGGGAAGCACCCCAUGCCUUGAUGAGGUCUGGUCUCAGCCCUUUCGGGUUUUUGCGGCGAAGGAUUUUCCUGGCAUGAGACCAGCGCCUUAUUUGACAACAAAACUAAAAGACUUGGGAGCGGUUGGUAUCAAGACGCGGGAGAAAGAGCGGGGUUUGCGACAGAAGAAAGUCAUACAGAGAGGUGGUGGGGACGGUAAUGGUCCUGAAGACGGUUGA